AUGUGCGUGCCGCCGGCGAGCGGCUCUGGGUCCGCAUCCACCUGCCGCAAGGUGUGCGGCAGCUUCGGGGACAGAGGGGACAAAGUGACCAGCGCCUGCAGCGGCGGCCAGAGCUGUUCUGGCAAGGCCGCGAGGCCCUGUCCAGCUUGGGCGGGCGAGUGCGCACUGUAUUGCGACGACGAGCCCGUCAGAUACGAAAGGCAGACGUGUGGCGUUGGGACCUCGAAUGGCUACUUCUUCGGCGACUGCGCCCUCGGACUCGAGUGUGUGCCGUCUCCAGCCAGCGAUGCGCCUGGCAUCUGCCGCAAGGUGUGUGGGAGUUAUGGGCCCUCUGGGGACAGAGUGACCACCACCUGCAGCGCUGGCCAAGCAUGCGCAGGCAAGGUCACAACGACCUGCCCGUUUGGUCGCUGUACGUUGUUUUGCACCGAGGAUCCUGUCAACCAGAGAGGGCAGGUCUGCGGGACUGGCUCAGGCGGCAAGUUCUACGGCCACUGUGAUGUUGGCCUCGAGUGCAUGCCGCAGGUGGGCGGCGCUGGAGACAGUGUCUGCUACCAGGUUUGUGGCACCUUUGGACCCUACGGAGACGUGGUCACAGGCGCCUGCAAUUACGGCGAGACGUGUUCUGGCAGAGCUGCGAUGCCCUGCCGGGAGUUGUUCGGCGAGUGCUUCAUGUAUUGCACGGCUAGUCAUCCGAGGCUCGAGGGGCAGGCAUGUGGAGACACGGGCUCGAUUGACAACUUCACCAACGACUGCGACGUUGGACUUGAAUGCGCGCCGCGGGUGGACGGGGGCCAGUUGGGCCCUUACAGCAUUUGCCGUAAGGUGUGCGGCCACUACGGGCCCAGAGGCGACAGGAUCACCAGCGCCUGCAUGUCUGGUCAGACAUGCUCUGUGCGCCCGCAGGACGGCCUUCCCCUCCUGCCCGGAGUGGGCUACCGAAUGCCAGUUGUAUUGCACAGAUUGGCCUUACAAGCUGGAGGGGCAGUACUGCGGCAGCAGCACCUCUGGUGA